CCCGGCGCGCCGGUGCAGCUCACGCAACGGCCAUGGGUUCGGAUGCGGCGCGGUUGCUGGAGGCGGCGGACUUCGCGGCCUGGAAACACCGGGAGCAGCGGCGGAAGGACCCCGAGGGCACCCCCUACAUCAACCACCCCAUCGGCGUGGCGCGGAUCCUGUCACACGAGGCGGGCGUCACGGACGUCGUGGUGCUGCAGGCCGCGCUGCUGCACGACACGGUGGAGGACACGGACACGACGCUGUCCGAGAUCGAGGAGCGUUUCGGGCCCGAGGUGCGGCGCGUGGUGGAGGAGCUGACGGACGACAAAACGCUGCCGAAGGCGGAGCGGAAGCGACUGCAGGUGGAGCGGGCGGCGGGCAGCAGCGCCCGGGCCAAGCUGGUGAAACUGGCGGACAAACUGCACAACCUGCGGGACCUGCGCCGCUGCGCGCCCAAAGGGUGGUCGGAGGAGCGCGUGCAGGAGUACUUCCGGUGGGCAGCGGAGGUGGUGGGCGGCCUGCGCGGGACGAGCCCGCCGCUGGAGGCGGCGCUGCGGCGGCUGCUGGAGGAGCGCGGCGUGGCGCUGGGGCCGGAAACGGGGCAAUAAAUGCGGCGGGUGCCGCUUCGCGUC